AUGGCAGGCGACGAAGAACCCGAGUCGAACAGUGUGCCCUCCAUUGUGGACCCCUCCGUACCACUGACAGCUUCGUACACAUACCAUUCGCCCUGUCCUACUACUCCUGGACCCUAUAUUCUGGGAGUCGACGAAGCCGGAAGAGGACCCGUGCUGGGGCCGCUUGUCUAUGGAGUCGCUUACUGCCCUGCCUCGUACCAGGAUGAUCUGGACAAGCUAGGCUUCGCAGAUUCAAAGACAUUGACUGCCGCCACACGCUCAACUCUGCUGGACACGCUAUGUUCUGAUCCUUCAAACUUGGCUUGGUCUGUUCGAGUGCUAUGUCCUCAAGCAAUAUCCUCAGGGAUGCUUCGGAGACCUCCCACAAACCUCAAUCGACAAUCCGAACAAGCUACCGUUCUGCUCAUACGCGAAGUCCUUGACCGUGGCAUGGAACUAUCCGAGGUCUAUGUGGACGCGCUGGGCCCAACGAAGCCGUACGAAGCCUAUCUGUCCUCUCAAUUCCCUGGCAUCAACUUCACCGUCACCGCCAAAGCCGACUCGAAGUUCAAGAUCGUCGGCGCAGCAAGUGUGGCCGCGAAGGUGACACGAGACGCCUGGGUCGAGGGCUGGAUGUUCGAGGAGCACCAGCCCGGCGGUAAGCUAUCCGACGACACUGAAAAUCAGCAAGAGAAGCCAAGAUGGGGGACGCAACUAGGCAGCGGCUACCCUUCAGAUCCGAAGACGCAGGCAUGGGUCAAAAGCUCCCUCGAGCCAACAUUUGGCUUUCCUGCACUGGUCCGUUUCUCCUGGACGACUAUAAAGAUGGUGCUGGAGAAGAGCGCACAUCCUGUGGAAUGGAUCGACGAUGGUCAAGCAUCCUUGACACAAGCUUUCGGGAGUGGCACCGGCUUGGAUAAGAACCGCUGCGCAGUAGCAAAGGACCUCUGCAUACGCAGCGUCUCCGCGCUAUAG